GGAAACUCGCUCGCCGCUCCUCCGCCCGUGCCGGGCGCUUGGCAACCGGGGCGCCGCGCAUGUGGGACCGCCGGGGGCCGCCGCCCCCCCGCCGGGCCCCGCGUCCCCCUCCCCGCCCCGGACAAGGCGUUUAACGUGCCCAGGAGUGAAGUAUGGCAUGCAAAGAUGGUUUCUGCCAAGGAGCCAGCCAUCGCCAUGUCCUCGGGUCUCUCCAUCGCCCUCCUGCACUGCCUGUGCCUGGCGACCUGUCUCACCGGGCCGCCAGGGCAGACCAAAAAAGAGGAGAAAUUGUGGCCGGAGAAUUUUACCAACAUCCUGAACAGCCUCCUGGAUGGCUAUGACAACCGGCUGCGACCGGGAUUCGGGGGUCCUGUUACUGAAGUCAAAACAGAUAUAUAUGUCACCAGUUUUGGACCUGUUUCUGAUGUAGAAAUGGAAUAUACAAUGGAUGUCUUCUUUCGUCAGACAUGGGUAGAUAAAAGAUUAAAAUAUGAUGGCCCUAUUGAAAUUUUAAGACUUAACAACUUGAUGGUUUCGAAGGUAUGGACUCCUGAUACUUUCUUCAGGAAUGGGAAAAAGUCUGUUGCACAUAAUAUGACAGCCCCAAAUAAACUCUUCAGAAUAAUGAGAAAUGGCACCAUCCUGUACACAAUGAGGCUUACAAUAAGUGCAGAGUGUCCCAUGAGAUUAGUGGAUUUUCCCAUGGAUGGUCAUGCUUGUCCUCUCAAAUUUGGGAGUUAUGCUUAUCCAAAGAGUGAAAUGAUUUAUACCUGGACAAAAGGACCUGAGAAGUCAGUGGAAGUUCCUGAGGAGUCUUCCAGUUUAGUUCAGUAUGACCUGCUUGGGCAUACGGUAUCCUCCGAAACUAUAAAAUCUAUUACAGGUGAAUAUAUUGUUAUGACAGUUUAUUUCCAUCUCAGACGGAAAAUGGGUUAUUUUAUGAUUCAGACCUACAUCCCAUGCAUUAUGACCGUGAUCCUCUCUCAAGUUUCAUUUUGGAUAAAUAAGGAAUCAGUACCUGCCAGAACUGUAUUUGGAAUAACCACAGUGUUGACAAUGACGACGCUGAGCAUCAGUGCAAGACAUUCACUGCCAAAAGUAUCCUAUGCUACUGCCAUGGACUGGUUCAUAGCAGUUUGCUUUGCCUUUGUGUUCUCUGCUCUGAUUGAGUUUGCUGCUGUCAACUAUUUCACUAACAUUCAAAUGGAAAGAGCCAAAAGGAAGACGGUCAAGUCCCUUCUUGAAUUUCCAGUUGCUCCGGUACAAAGGAAAAGAAGUACAGAAGAGACAUUCACGAGUACAGAUGCCAAUUCAAAUGUGAGGAAAAGAACAAAUGCCACAGUACAGUCUGAAGCUGAUGGUGGGAGCCGAAUUGACACAAGGCACAGCUCUGUCCAGCCUCCCUCUGUAGCUCAGGGGUCUUCUGACAUUACCCCCCACUCCCUUUCUGCAUCGAGUCCCAACCCUUUCACACGAAUCAACGCAUCGGAGACAUUAUCCUCUGCAAGAGCUACCCCUCCAGCUCCUCCUUCUACCCCAAUUUUAACUGGAUUUGUAUCCCAGCAUGCCACAGCUGGAUCCCCUUCCAUUCAGCACUUGCUUGGAUCUAGACUGGAGCAGAUUCAGACCACCACACCUAAUACAUUAGGAGCAUCUGCAAAGCCAUCUGCUGUCACACCACCUCCUCCCCCCGCCUCCCACUCUGGCACGAGUAAGAUAGACAAAUAUGCACGCAUUUUAUUUCCUGUUACCUUUGGAGCAUUUAACAUGGUCUACUGGGUGGUGUAUCUAUCCAAGGAUACCAUGGAAAAAUCAGAAAGUCUAAUGUAGUUUUGCUGCUAUGUAGUAGUUCCUAAAUUAUACUCACAUUUGAUGCAGAGUUUCUUCUUUUGAAACUAUUUAAAAAGGUCAGUAAUUCUUAUUUAUAAAAGCUGUGUGGUACUUUCCCGUUCUAAAGGCUGGAGUUAUUGGGGAUAAUUUGUUAACUCUUAACAGAGUAAUGGGUAACAGUAAUGGUUCUUCCUCCCUUCAGCCAGCAAUGAACCAACACUUGCUUGAUUUAAGCUACUCUGGUUGCACAGAACUUGCAAUUGGGAGGAACAUGCACCUGAAAGAAAUCAGAGGCAGAGGUGCACAGCUGUGCAGUGGAACACAUCUGACUGCUAGGAAUAUGCAUGUUGGCCAUCACAAAUGCCUGGGGCACCCAGCACUGCUGUCUGGACACAGCAUUGCAUUCUCUGAGUGUGAGGUCUAUGUCCUGUAUAUUUUGACAGUGCUUGCUAGAAAAGGACUUUCCCUGCUAGAUUAAAAUUGACAGAAUAGGGGGGAAGAAAAUCAAUAAAGGGAAGAGAGUCCAGCCUGGGAGAGUGCAACUCCAGGAAAGUUAUGCAAAGGAGUUGUAGAGCUCCAUAUAUUUUUACUAAGCAUUAUUUUGCAUUGUAACCUGGGAAAUUCUCACACCAAACUAAGAAUGAGUGAACCUUGUAAAAUCUGAAAUCUGAUGUAAUUCUCAAAAUUGGAUUUUCUUGUUUGGUAAGGUGAUCUUAAGUGGGCGAUUCUUCUUUGACCUUGCUGACCAGCUUGAGUGGAUUUAUUCCUAAAUUACAUCAAUUAUAGUAGAUGAGGACCAGACCACAAUGUUCAACUUUUCAUUUAAAUUCUUUGCUUUUUCUUUGGAUGCUUUGGGUUUUGGUUUGUUUUUUGUUUUUUCCCCCCCAUACUUUUCAGUUACACUCCUGAUUUCCUUUAAACACAUAUUCCAUUCCCCCCUCCACCUCCUUAUGUAAUGUUUGUGUCAAGUUAAAUUUUCAACACAGUUUUAAAAGUGGCUUGAAAAUUAAGCAAAAAAAGCCCCAUUUCCUGUGUACAGAUGAGUGUGGCAUGUCACUGAGUGAAUGAAAGACACUCUUUUUGAGAAGGACUGCUGUGGUAUAAAUAAGGAAGUAAACUUUCUAGGUGGAUCCCAGGCUAAAAAUGUUAAUUUACUAUCCAUUUGUUCACUUUAAACUGUGGCAUAGAUAGGUGCUUUUCUUACCGAAUUGCAAUAUGCAAGCAGGCAACAUUAUUAAAGAGUUGAAUAGUUAAACCUGAUAGAAAUCCUAAUCAUAAACAUUAUUUUCACUAGAACAGAUAGGAAACAAAUUGCCAAUAAAUAAAAGAAAUGUUUGUACAGAACUGUCUGGCUUGGCAAAUGGUUAGUGUUUCUGCGCAGGUGACAAGUGAGAAUCAAGAGCCAAAUUCUCAGCUAUGCUCUGGCUGUGCCUUUAAAGGGUCUGGAGUAAUCCUUAGCUUCAGCUGACUGGAUAGGAGAUUGGUAGCCUAUUGUCAAAGUCUUGUGCUGCAGGGCACAUCGGGUGAGUGUUCAGUGGUUCUGUGCCCAGAGAAUGACCAAGGGACUUCUGGAGACCACAAGCUGCUGGCAACAAAAGGGAGACUGCCCUAGACAAGAGUCAGGGUAAAAAGCCCCAUAAUGGUGAAACCAUGACUGUGCCUCUGUGUCUCCAAGCCUUUUAGCCAGCUCAUGGCUGAGAAUCUGACCUUUAACUUGUGGAACCUGGGAAAUACCUGGCAAGAGAUACUGCAGUGUGCAGUAUGGAUCCCAGAUGGUUCUUUCAUGUGUAAUAAUGAACUGUAGAUGAUAGAAUGCAGUGGAAAUGUCUUAUGUAACUUUAUUAUAAUGGAGUGAUAUAAUCAGUUGCCUAAGUCUUUCUUUUACUUAAGGGAUGCUCUCAAAGGGCCAGGUAUGGUUCUUUCCUUUUUCAUCUUCUACAUCUGGAAGAUGGUUGAGACUACAGCAUUCAUUAGGAAAACAUUGUGUGGCAUAAUGGAGAACUGGAAAUGGAGCACCCGUGCAUGAUGUCCAACUGCAGUAGUUUGUAUCUUUGGAUGCACUGCUAGUUGCUGUAGCUGUUUCCUCUCUAAUUAGGUCACAUUGUUACAAAUUGUUGGAAUAGAAGAUGGUAUGCAAGGGAUUUUUUAUUUGGUUAAACCAGAAUAAACAAUGCGAAACCUCUGGCAAUUACUGCUUAUAAUUGCGCAGGUGAUAAAGUACGUCUAGCAUGAAAAAUGGUGACCCGCUGUGUGGAGAACUUAGUAUUUGCACCAGAGGUUAAUGAAAUUACUCUUUGCUUUUUUUUCUGUGAUGAAAACCAAGGAUGUUCUCUCACAGGCAGAACUUUAAACAAUUCAUUAGAAGCAGUUGUCUGUUCUUUCCACCCAUCCCUGUAUAGUGAUUUUAUAAUCAGCUUUCUCUAGUCCAUUGUUCAUUGGGAUCAACACUAGUUCAAGCUAAGAUUGAUCUAAAUGUGCUGCUUCAAUUCACGUGUAGUUUCUGUUUAAAGACUUAAAAGGAGGAAAAAGGACUGAAAAAAUAAUAAACUACAAGUAUUUAUUUCUAUGCUUCCAUUUUGGGAGAAAUUUUUAAUGAUACCACAGAAAAAGUUACCUACUUUAAAUAUCCAGUGUAUUUCUGAAGUACCAAAAGCUCCAAAACUUCCAUGCCUAAAUUCAAAAUGAAGUACAUUAAAAAAAAUCAUGAUGAGUCUAGGACUAAUUUAUUGAACUUUACUACAUUUUUAUGUUGCAGCAUAUGAAGAAAUUGCGAUAAUUACCUUUUCAAAUUACAUGUGGACAAUGUAAAUAGGAAUUUAUUGUUAACAGUUGUUCUUCAUUAUUUUUAAUCUCCCUGGAUGAUCAGAGACAGUAAAACAAAAAAGAGCACUGCAAUAUACCAGUGAUAUACCAUAACUUGAAAGCACAAAAGGAGAUAUGUGCUUAAUAUAGCAGCCCAAAUCUGCUAACUAAAAUCCUAAUGGAGAACAUUGCAGGUGUCAUUUCAGUGACCGAACAGCUUAUUACAGAUGAGGUUCAGUGAGAUGAACUCUACAGGAGCUAUAUUUUUAGGUUUUUGUUCUUUUUUUUUCUAUUGGCUUUGUUGAACAAUCUUUUUUUGACAGUAUCAUAGUGGUUUAAAACUAACCAAACACUUCAGAUAAGUUCACAUCUAUCAACCAGGAAAGAAAACUGGAGAGAAAGACAAAAAUCUUUACAAGGAAACAGAGGUAGUUCUCCGCUUAUAUUUCCUCAGAGACAUUGUUACCAGCAACAAAACUCCCACAGAUUGCGGUGAUGCAGCCCUGACCACUAAUGCAGCCACUUGAGAAAAACAGUUAAAAACUUGGUUCAGGAAGAUCACCUUCACAGGAACUGACCUGUGGCUUGUAGUCAAUUUUGAGCCUACUGUUAACAGGUUUCACUGCAACUGAAAAUAAUGAAGAUGAGAAGGGUUGCCAGCUUAGCCCCCAGCCCUUCAAGGUGACCUGAACUCUUGGAGCUCACCAGCAGUACUGGAAUCUGUUUUUCCUCCUAUUAAAAUGGACUUGUGUCCAUCAAAUGGAUGUUGGUAGCGCAUUUCUUCUCCCUUGUGUCUUUGAGGGGGAAAAAAGACUUUAAACUACUUAGUUAUCCACUCUACAUUACCCUUUCAUCAGGCAAGUAAACUGGAUGAUAAUUGAAUGAAAGAGGUAAAUAGUUUAAUAAGGAAUGUGAUUAGAGCUCUUCUGUUGACAGGAGCUGAGAGUUAUUGAUUACACGGUGUUCAAGUGUAGCCUUUGGCAUCUCAUCAUCUUCAACAUUCAGAAUGGACCUUACCCAGAAAUGGGGGAACCAAGUAAAUUUAUUUAAUAGGAUUAACCAGUAUUUCUACAAAAAAUUGAAUGAACUCAGCUUUUUUUAUAUGCCCAGAAUUCCAUCUUCUUCCACUGUACUGUGCACCUCCUGUGUGUCAUUUGGCCUCUGUGUCCCUUGAUGCUGUAGCUCAUUGCCUGUAUGCCAUGUGAGACUGUCAGGGUAUGCCCUAUCUAUUUAUCCAAAUUAUCCAAAGCCUGUCUUUCCAUAUUCCUUGUGCUGUUAGAAGUGUAGGGAAGGCCAGAAUGGGAGAAAUGACACACAGGCUUUGUAAGGGACACACACUGGGUAUCUGGGACAUUUUCCCAUAGAUCCUACAGAUUCCUUAGGAGACCCUUUUUCAGUGUGCUGUAGCAGCACACUACACAUACAAAUCCCAAGAGUUGCCAGAGCUCUGCUUGAGUAGCAGAAUAGAUCAUGGGCUUUGCACACUUCUUAUAACUUUUGCUUAACUUGGAAGGAGGAAAGAAAUUUUGGUGAGUUCCUUGCCUUCCUGGGACUUGCCAAUAGGGCCUGACCUCACUAAAAUAGAAGGGGUCUGUGUGGAUAGCAGUGGUUAUGAAUUGCAAUACAGACGGCUGACAAAAACCCACCUUUGUUUUUAUUUAAUCCUAAUAUUGAAAAAUAGAUUAGAAAAAAAGAAGCUGUAGUGUUGAGAAGCCUAGGUUUAGUAUAACAUCUGCUGAUGAUAUCAAUCAAGCCAAGGAUGAUCAGAGUUGUAGAAGUCUUACAGAACUUCAGGGCUAUACAGCAGUAAGUUUGCAGCAGGUCAGUGCUAAAGUGGGAAGAAAAGGAGAUGCUUCCCUUCAUACUCUGACAGGAGUAAAGCAACAAAGCAUAAGCUUUAUUGCUGCUCUAUUUAUAUGUGGUGGAACAAAACUGCAUAAACAAAUUUCAUACUCAAUUAAAAUCUGAGAGGCAAAUAGCAUUAUGGGGAUCAGUAUUUACCACCAGACACCAACCCCCCAAAAAAUGGGGAAAAAUCCAAGAAAAAAAAUUAAGUUAAAUGACAGUAGCAUCUUUUAAAAUUAUUUAGGUUUUUUUUCAAGAUCCUGCAUUUCUUUCACUGUGGGCUUCCAAGGUGAGUUUACAUUUUUUAAAGAAUCUCUACUGGUAUCCACUGGCACCAAUAUGUGUUUUUCAUUUUCUUCAGUGCACUUUAAAAGGGAAGUUUACUGGAAGGAAAAAUGUGCCAUUUUGAAAGUGUCUGAUAUGCGUUAAUUUGUACCAUCCUCAUUUGUAGGCCUCUCCUCAGAGUCAAGAUGUAGCUAUUUUGGAGAAUGAGAAUGUGGGGAGAGUUUCAGUGUGUUCUGAGUAAAUCAGACUCUGAAAGUAAAUUUUUGCCACAUCCCAGGCAAGUGAGAGUAGUGCGAAGUACAGAGCACCCUGUAAAGAUCUCUCUUUGCUAAUGUUAUAUUCUGUGUUAACUGGAGGGAAUGAAAAAUGCAAUUGUUGUAAAAUUGAUAGAAUUUACAAAAUAUAAUUUGUUUUCACAUGAGUUAGAAAUUGGUAGGUAUUUAUUUCAGAAUUAAAUAGCAUUGUCUUCUAGUCCAUAAGUUAUUGCAUCUAAAGGUAUCUCUUAGAUUUUCUCAUGCUUUUUGUAUUAUUCCGCUGGAAAGGAUUUCAAAGAAAGCCAGUUAAUAUCCAUUGCAGUUCACUAUAUUUUUGGUCAUAGUUCUAGUUUCAUUUUCUUGUGCAAGAGGAAUGGAGAGCAUGAUGGCUUUUUCAAAAUAAAAAUAACACUGGCAAAACAAAAGCCUUGGUGAUUCCCUUUUUUAGAAAACCCUCCAAACUCCCAUCAAUUUUUGAAUGGUUUUAAAAAAAAUAGUGUAGUUCUAGCAUUUAAAAAUACUAAUGCUGUUGCAGCAUAUAUAUAUAUAUAUAUAUAUUCCUUCCUUGAAAUAAUAUGAUUUCCCUGAAUUUUAAGGAAGCAGAGUCAAGAUGCACUUGCUAAUAGUUCUAUAUUGAAAGAGUACCUUUCUGGAUGGAAAACACCAUGUGAGGUAGGUGUUUUUUUUAUCACUAUCUUCAUAUACCUGUUUUCAAGAAAAAGAUCUGGAGGAAGAGUGUGAUAUUACUGAAUUAAUCUUCAAGUAGCAUGAAAUCUGGGUUAUUUCCUGCUGGUCAUCUUGCUGUUGGGUCAACAUUUGCUUAGUGUUUUUGUGAGUGCAGGAUCCAGGUUGCUGUUAACUGACAGCAGUCUGUGAAUGAUCUAAUGACAUAAAGAAACACUAAAGGAAACCAUUGAUUGUGAAUAUGUUUUCAUCCUUGGAAAAUACUUAAUUGGAGUUUGGUAGAAGAAGCAGAUGACAGUAUGAAACACUCAGUUCUACUUCUGAGCUUAAUACAUUGAAAAAAUUAGUUGAGUACUGCUUUGUCUUGCAUCAUCAUAUUGUGCUGGUGGCUUAUCUCCAUGGUAAGUAAAACUGCUAUAAGGAUGGAGGUCUCAGAAAUAAAGAAUGUCUACAAGUACUUCUUCAAAGUUUUCUUGAAAUAUGAGCUAUCUAACCUUAUUACUAAGAGUAAUGUCACAGUAUGCUUUGUAUUUGCGAGCUUGAAAAUCUCCUUUUCUGUUAGGAUGUGCCAGGUUGUCAAUGAACCUUUCAUAAGUAGAUGAUUCUGUAUGUACAUGUAUUUCAUUUUUUUGUUAAUUUGUGGCAACAUUCUCUAUCACCAGAGGAGUGGUGGAGAUUUGAGGUGUUUCAGAUAACCAGAGCUCCUGAGCAAUCACUUUAAAAUAUUUGUUUCAUAGAUACAUGCCUUUGCAAAUCAAUACCAGCAGUGCUUUUGUGGUAAAAAAUAAUCCACCUGUGAAAAAUUCUGGUCUUGAAUACUUAACCCACGUUUGAAGGGCUGAUGAAGCACAUUGGGCAAGGCAGGACUCAGGGCAUGUUUAUUCUUAGAGGCUUCUGAAUUGGAGCAGGCUUAUGUUCUGCCAUCUUCUGGAGCAGUCUGCCCCAGAGAGGCUACAAGCAGAAUCCAUGAGCUUUUUGCAAGCUUUUUUUGAGACUACACCAUAAGUGUACGUUAUUGCUGAAUGUAGCACUCUCACCUUCUUCUUUAUUGCCUUGCUUUGUGUGUGGGGAAGAAUUUCAGUGUUUGUGGGGAAGCAGGCUGAAAGAACUUGUCCGGCUAAACUCCCAAUUUUGUCUUGUUUCCUUUUGGCUGGUUGGUAGUAGUGGGGUCUGUCUGAUCUGACUCCCAUCUCAGUUCUGGUACAAAGGAGGGUGUGGGGAGCCUCGAUUGAUGCUUUGAGCUGGGUUAAUGAUGGUGUGAAACCACAGCCUGAGGAUUCUCCCCUUUCCUCCACUGUCAUUAAAACAGAGGCUCUCUCAGGCUGUCUCAAACCUCCUGUGCCCCUGUGGUCAUUUUUCCUCCACAGAGGUGAUUUUGUGUAUUAUAUCAAUGACAAGUCAUGGACUAAAAAAAAACCAACAAAAAAAGAGGCCAGAAUUUUUGAAAGACACAAAUCAAUGAAGUUAUUUGAAGAGAGAGAAAAGGAGAGAAGGGAAAACAUGAGUAUGGAUGAAAAAAUUAAUUUCUUGCUACCAAGCAGUUAUUUUAAGAUAUGUCCUAUUAGAGGUACUAGAACUGCAUCUGGCAGGAAACAGCCUAGAAAUAAUUAUUCCUUCAUUAUAAGUAUAAUGAGAAAGUAUUAAAGAAAAGUGUCUAAUGUGCUAUUAUAAACAUUUGUGUUCCAUUGAAGCUGUUUGCAAAAAUGGUAUUUUCUUUGUCCGCCAGGAAGAAUUAGGAGACAGAAUAGGAAAGGGAAAAGAAUGAGUUUUAUUAAGUUUUACUGCUUCCCUUUGUUUUAGAACAUUUCUCAACCAAAAAUGUAAACAGUAACAUUAAAAAAAAAUAAUCUUUCUGGUGCUCUGUAUAUUUAAUUUUCAGUAAUGAAGCACUUUGGAAUGUUUAGCAUUUAACUUGCUUUAUGUUUAAGAGACUAAAUAGAAAGCAUGCUGUCUCUGAUUUAAUUCAGUUAUCAAAGGGGAUGUGGGUGAAGAAAACAGCUUUCAUCACAGUACCAACCAGGUUUUUUUUAAAGUAUCAUGCUUUCCUACUAAAUCUGAAGACUUCAUUCUUGUACCUGAAUUCACGGGAGCUGUUUGGUGCUGAGCGCUUCUGAUAAUCCAGUCAGUGCUACAGCGUGUGGGCUGCACCUGCAUUUAGAGUUGCCAUGUCUGAAAAUGUACAUUCACAAGCUGGCACUUGCAGAGCAUGGAUCCACAAAAGGCAAAGGUGUGUGUGUGUGUGUACCCACAGUGGGUGCAUGAGGGCUGUUGUGCUGCUCGUGUGGGAGAAGAUGGGAGUCUAUGGUCAGAAAGAAAGGGUAAGGAGAGUGUGGCUGCCUCGCUCAGAGGCUGAGCAGAGCUUAUAUUGGAUUAAGCCACUUAUGAAAAUGCCCCCUAAGCCCCUUUUCCAAAUAGGCAGUGUAGGAGCAAGCUGAGUGCAAUGUGGAAUUCAGCUCCAACUGCAAAUCCUGCCCGAGGAUCAGCACAGUUAAUCUCCCCUGAGGGUUCUGGUGCUGUGGCUAGAAGACUGAAAAGAUGUGAGGCAGCUCCUGCUGCCGGCUGGGAUGCCCUCAUGUUGCUGUGCAUCCAAGCUGUCCUGUAGUGCAACAGGGUCUUUGGAGUAGUGGGAGGGGGAUGGAAAAUGCUUUUUUGGAGUACAAAAUAGGGCAGAGUGAAAACUUCCUUCAGGUCAGCACUGCUCAUGUGCACUGCAACAGCGCACAGAAGGUCCCAGAGGAGCACCAAGGUGUACUGCACCUUGUCUGCUCCUUGCCUAUCUGCUAAAUGCUCUGAAAUGAAGAGUGGUGGGAGUGACAAAUACAGGUCUGGUAAUGAAACAGAAGAUGCUUAGUGCUGCUGCCAGGUAAGUACCCACAGGCUCCUGCCAGCAGCUUGUGGGCCUUCCCAGAGACAGAACUGCAGCGCUGACUUUUUGUAGGUCUAAUUAUUAUGCCCCCACCAUCUCUCUUGUAACUUAAACACUGGAAAAAGGGGGUUCUCUUUGAUGCUCUAUUUUGUUGCAUAAUUAUGCACAUUUCUCCAUUUUGUUGUGUAAUUAUUAAGAAGAAAAUCAAGCUGAAUUUUUCUCAUUUUUAAACUUUUUUGUUUUAAAGAGGCUUCCUCACCUGCAGACAUGGAAAUCAUAAGCUCCAUUGCAAACUUCAGGAAGGUAGGAAACACUUCUAUGCAAACUUCUGUCUAUGAUUAUCUCACAAAGAUAGCUUUUGUUUUCAAAUAAAAUCACUAAUUUGGAGGAUAUUUAGUUAAAUCUUUAAACAUUUUAUAUGCAAAAAUAUUUUCUCUGUACUGAAAAUGUGAAAUUUUUUUGUAGACAUUUCACUUAGGAAGGUAAGGUGAAAUGUAUAUGGAUUUUCUGUUAAGCUAAAUCAGAUGCUUAGCUGUGGGAUAUUCAAUAGCCAUUUAAUAAAUACAUGGAUUAUAUUUUUUCUCUUUGGACAAUGUGGAGACAAUAUAUAAAUAGAAGGUGGGAAGAUUCUGUGGAGAUGUUUUUAAGUGCUACUUCUCGCUUCUUCUGUGGGUAUCAUAUACAUAAAUAUAGUGAAAUCAGAUAAGAAAAGAUACGCGAGUGAAAAAAAGGCUUUCUUUGAUCUUCACAUUCUCAGUUGAUCUUACUAAAUAUGCAAUUAACCAGCUUCCCUGUACACUUCCAUGAUUUCUUUCUGCUAUGCCAUGCGCGAACUGUGGAAGACCUAGGAAUUUUUAGGUCCAGUAUAUCAAUCCAGUUAAGAGGGCACUCAGUGCUGGCCUUGCUGAGUUUGGAGCAUGUUUCUGUAAGUGGUGGAGCAAUCUGUUCAGCAGGACAAGGUAUCCCAGUUCUGGAUAAGAACAGCUGAGGCAUUUUCCUGAGGUAAGAUGCUAGAGUUGAAUUAGGUUUAAGGGCUUCUCAUUAGCUGUCUUAAACUUCCAAAAUGAACAAUCUAAACCAAUCUUUGGCAUGUUCUGCUACUUUUGCGCAUUUUUGAUUUGUUGAGGUUCUGUCCCUGACUUUGCUCCCUUGCUUGUGUGGCUGAGGUGAGGAGCAGCAGUUUCUGGGAUGGUGUGGGAUUACCACGCCUUCCCUUUGGCCACAGGCUGUCUAUGCAUCACAUCUCCACCCCCAGGAGGACAGCAGAAUUGGGGCAGGGACAGGGUGCAUCCAUGCCAGGGGCAGAUAAACCCUGGCAGUCAAGCAGAAGGCACAGUGUUAGCAGGGCUGGAGUCCUAAGGAAUGGUGUGUAAGGAUUUAGGGGUGGGCUUCAAGAUUCAGUGCUAGUGAAGUGGCAUAAACCAAGUUUGGCUGCUUGAGAUACAGGUCAGUUGUAGAACAGAGAAAAGUUUUCAGGUUUCUUAUUUUCUGGAUGACUAACUUGUGCUCUGUGCUGCAUCACUAGCAGGCAUCCAGAGCAGAGACAGUGGGUUAAAAGUCCAUCUGCAAACACAGUAUUGACUUGCUGGUAGUAAGUAAAUAAGGCACCUAGAAGUUUCCCUGGGUAACUUUUUCUCACCUUUAUCUACCACCCUUGCAAUCUGCCAGUCCUUAUAUUCCAAACUGCUGGGGCACUUUAAUGAGCUGUUAAAAUCAGUCUAUCUAACAAAUGAUGGAGAGCAUCCUUUCUCCCACUCUUUCUACUCACAAAUUCACAGCUGAGGGGCGGACUGGGAGAUACCAACUUCUGUGCUAAUUCGAAGUUUAAGACCUGUGUAUCAGGACCCCCCCCCCAAAAAAAAAGUAUUUAUAUGUGAUGUGUAGCUGCUGCUAUAUGUCAUAUAUAUUGUGUCAUUUUAACUUGAAAAUGAAAAGAAGUUAAAUAAAAAAUGUGAUAUUUACUGAUAUUUUGUUUUACUGUAAGCUUUUCUUUUCCUGAGAAGCCCUGUCUCUUGCAACCAAAACAUCUGGGUUUAGGCUUAGACAUUGCAAGGAAGACUCCCAGUGAAAUAUAUGAAGCUUUUGGAAGUACUUUUAUAUAUUUUUUUUGUAAAAGUACUGGCAUGCAGAAAAUACACUUAAAGCAAACACAGUAAAAAUGCUUUUUAAACACCCCCUGUAGGAAAGUUCUAUCUUCUCUGUCGAUAACUUACUACUUCUGCAAUAUGUGGCUGACCUGGAUGCAUGUUGCAAGAGUUCCUGUGCCAUUCCAAAUUCUGAUGUUUAUCCCUUUGUAUUGGCUCAUACAUGGGGAAAAACUGAAAGGAAAUCAAAGCAAGGGAAGCCUUUUGUUGAAUUCUUUUACUAUUCUUGGUGCACAUUUUAGUUGCAUGGAACAAUGUGGCUGGAAGAUUUGAAGAAUCAGAGGUUAACUAAAUUAUUUGAAUGAUAUGUUCAAUGCUGGUCACCUGACUAUACUAACAAACUUAAAAGGUGGUUUGAUAGCUGUCAACUUGUUUUGCUAUUGUGCAGCUUAACUGUUACCUUCCUGUAUUAUGAACAUCUAUGUAUUUGGAAAAUAAAUCCAUCUUGCAAGAAAGAUUGUGCAAAAAAAAUUGUUCCUAUUAUACUCCAGUGUAUUGCUGAUGUCAAAUAAAAUACAAUUGUGAGAGUUCUUAAA